UGUGCCGGCUAACUGGCACGUCGCGGUUGUCGCCACCACAGCCGCCGACGCCGUAGCUUUGAUUACGUGUGUUAGUUCGGUAUACAGCUAUGAACACGGUUAUUUCCCGAGCCAACGCGAUAUUCGCAUUUACGCUAAGUGUAUUAACAGCGCUAACUUUCUGCUGCUUUUUGUCCACGGCAUUUCACAGAUACCAGUCAGAAGUUGAACUGCAGGCCAUCAAAGCUGUUGUGAAGAACGUCCAGGACUUCAGUACAGCAAGAGGAAAGAAUGACCUGGGCUUUGUCACAUUCGACCUUAAAGCCAAUCUUACCGACCUGUUCAACUGGAACGUGAAGCAGCUGUUCCUGUAUGUAACUGCAGAGUACGAGACGGAGAGCAACGCACUUAAUCAAGUUGUCUUAUGGGAUAAGAUCAUCAGGCGGGGAGAUAAUGCCAUUUUGGACUACAAGAACCUAAACACAAAGUACUACUUCUGGGACGAUGGCCAUGGACUGAAGGGCAACAGGAAUGUGACGCUCACCCUGUCCUGGAACGUCAUCCCCAAUGCAGGCAGCCUGCCCAACAUCCUGGGCACAGGCAUGCACUCGUUCUCCUUCCCAGUGGAGUACACCACCUCAAGGGUUUAGGCACCUCAGUGGUUGUAAAUUAUAUUAACUUCAUUGUACAAAUGGCGGCACAACAUAUUUCCAGGGAGCAACAAAAUGGAGGGGGAAAUAAAUGGUGUUUUUUUCUAUCA